UUCGUCUUCCGUCACAGAAAUGCUCAUUCGGGGCCAGGUGUCAUUGCCAGUCGGUUGUAGGAAUGGGGACACCAGGCAGUAACGUGAGUUCCUUCCCAAAUUCAUCUCCAAAUGGGACAUAAAUGACGGAAAAACUAGGUCGAUUUAAAUACUCUUCCCACCUAAGUAAAAUAACCAGACUUGACAUUGCGAGUGCACCUGCCGUGAUAGGUUAACGCAGCGCUUUGACUCCAGGAAGUUUGUUGUUUGCAAAUGUGAGACUUAAUUCAGCAUACUCCCGGUAAGCCUCUUUUGAAUUUAGAACAGGACUGCAGUGAUUUGAGACUUGCUACGAGAGGUGAAGUGGGAAGACUUCAAUUUGCCUUAUUGCUUUAAGCUAAUUAACAUUCUGGUUGCAACUGCCCGUGUCCCCCAAACAACUGCCUAAAGUGACCUUAUUUUUGAGUGUGUUGAUUUGCUACGCAUUACCGACCUCAGGGAGAAAUUCAUUACAUUGACCAAACUUGCCCCUCAACCGCAAAUAAUAGACAAGAAAGUUCCCCCUUUUUGUGCCUGAAAAGAAAUAAGCAUGAGUAUCAAAUUAAAUGUGAGCUGUAGUAUUUCAUACAUUCUACUGGAUAUCAUUAUUACCACAGUCCUAUUUGCAAGUGGCACACAUUUGAACAUAUUUGUGGAGGAAAGCCUGAACUUCAGCAUUUUGAAGUCAACAUUGGAUAUCUGGGGGACAGUGCUUAUUCGAGCUUCUCUUCUUCUCGGUGCCUCAAUUGGAGUGUUAUGGAACCCAGAGGAUGGCCCACCAAGGGUAGCUAAACUCACCACCUUUGUCCUAUUAGUCUGUCAGACUAUUAUAACGUAUACAUUAGCCAAACUGCUGAUGCUGAGUGAACUUGAACCUCUAUCUCAUCGUCCCUGGUCUUUGAGUCUGAUUUGCUGGACCUGUUUCACCUCGCUGGCAUUUCUGGUCCUGUGGUGGUUGCUAGGGUUGGAAAAUAGCGGAAGCAGGUGUCAAUCGAGGGAUUCUCAGGACACGGAGAAAUUGCUUAAACUAGAUUGUGAAGAAGGGGAGGAUGAUGGGGAGUACAGUGAAAAGGAGAGUAAUUGUGAGAAGAAAGAAACCGGGGCCACCACCACCACCACCACAGGAGCUACACUGGGGCGUCUGCUGAGCUACACGAAAAAAGAUGGUGGGCUGUUAACUGUCGCCGUCCUAUUCCUUGUCAUCUCUGCUGUGUGUGAAGCCUUCAUACCUUACUACUAUGGGAAGGCCAUAGAUAACAUUGUGGUUCACCAGAGUAUGGAAUACUUUGCUAAACCUGCCAUCACACUGACAGUCCUGGCCUUCACCAGUUCAAUUGCAGUUGGUGUGCGGGGAGGAGUAUUCACGCUAACAUUUGCACGAUUGAAUCUUCGGUUCAGGAACCACCUCUUCAGAACUCUGAUGAGGCAGGAUAUUAGCUUUUUUGAUGAAAACCAUACUGGUGAUAUUACUUCUCGUCUGUCAGCUGACACCACCCAAGUGAGUGACCUCGUCUCCCAGAACAUUAACGUGCUCUUGAGGAGCACCAUCAAGGCUGUCGGCUUUCUUAUUUUUAUGUUUGGAAUGUCCUGGAAGCUAACAUUAGUAAACAUGAUGGGACUUCCUUUUAUUGCCCUUAUAUCUGAGUAUUAUGGCAAUUACUACAAGAAACUAACUAAAGAGGUGCAAACAACUCUUGCAAGGGCUAACAAAGUUGCAGAAGAAACAAUCUCAUCCAUGAAGACAGUGAGAAGUUUUGCUAACGAGGAUCGAGAGGCUGACUCGUACUAUGACAAGCUCAUUGUCAUGUACCAUCUCAACAAGAAACAAGCUCUGGCAUAUGCUUGCUAUAUGUGGUCUAGUUGUAUCUCAGAGCUUGCUCUAGAAGUCACCAUCCUCACCUACGGUGGCCACCUUGUAGUCACUGGUCAGAUGGAAAGCAGCCAGUUGUUAUCAUUUUUCAUAUACAUGCUUGAAAUGGGCGAAUGUUUAGCGAACAUUGCAUCAGUUUACUCAGGCCUCAUGCAGGGUGUAGGGGCUGCUGAAAAGGUUUUUGAGUACUUGGACAGAAAACCCGAACACCCAGUAGAUGGUACAGAGACUCUGGAGACAUUCACUGGUCUGGUGGAGUUUCAAGAUAUCACAUUUGCCUACCCUACUCGACCAGAGAUUGAAAUCCUUAAGGGAGUGUCAUUCACACUUAAACCUGGUGAGGUGACUGCUCUGGUGGGACCUUCCGGGAGUGGAAAGAGCUCCUGUGUCAACCUAUUGGAAAAUUUCUAUGUUCCCCAGCAGGGUCAUGUCCUGCUGGAUGGACAGCCGGUUAACAUCUUCAAGCACGAAGACCUCCAUUCUCAGGUGGCGCUUGUGGGCCAAGAACCAGUGCUUUUUGCUCGAACGAUUGAGGAGAACAUCACUUACGGUCUUACUGAUGUCUCCAUGGAUGCCGUCGUCCAGGCAGCAACAAAAGCGAAUGCUCAUGAUUUCAUCACCGCUCUGCCCCAAGGCUAUCAGACAAGUGUUGGAGAGAAAGGAGCACAGUUGUCAGGUGGACAAAAACAAAGAGUGGCCAUUGCAAGAGCCCUUGUCCGACACCCUCGCGUUCUUAUACUGGAUGAGGCGACCAGUGCUUUAGAUGCAGAGAGUGAACACAUUGUUCAGCAAGCUCUAAACAACAUAAUGAAGGAGCACACGGUGUUGGUGGUUGCACAUCGUCUCAGUACAGUGGAGAGGGCAAAUAGCAUCAUAGUGAUUGAUAAGGGCCGUGUGGCUGAACAGGGAUCUCACGGUCAGCUGAUGGCCAGUGGGGGGCUCUAUUACAAACUGGUCCAGCGACAGGUUCUGGGCAUAGAGACUGGGGAUGAUUUACUAAAUUUUCCAGAGGAUUCCUCCUGGAAGCCUGAUGUAGGACACCAACAUAGCAGACAAAGCAGUAGUGCUAGUGAGGAAGAAUAUAAUCCUCGCUAUUGAAAAUAAACUUGUGGAAAUGUUUCCUGUUGUUUUGUUGUUGAAUCUUUCACCAAAUAUGCACAUAAUUUUAUCAAUUAUACUAAUGUAAGAUACAAUGCAAGAUUUUGUUUUGAAAUGAAAAUGUUAAUUAAAAAAAUGAUCUUCAAAGCUACC